UUACUCAAAAAAAAAAAAAGGGUCCAAAAUCCAAACCCUGAGUUUCAAAUUCAUGCUUUAUCAGUUGAAAACUUCAGUCUACUUGCAACUUGUAACUGUCAAAUCUUCUCCAAUCAUUACAUUUCCUCAUUAAUUUCCCAGGAACUGAUCUUCCUUUGUGAGAAAAAUUGACAAAUGGAGGGCGACCUCUUGGAGAUCUCUGAGGAAGACAAUGAUUCCUUGCUUUUACAGCACCAGCAAAUCCAAACCGAUGUCGUUUCCAGCUUUGACUCUUCCUUUUUCUCUUGCUCCCCUCUUCAUUUCCCUAUAUCCAAUCCCACAGAUGUGAAAGCGCGAUGCCCUACCUUUUCUUCCAAUAUUAACAAAGAGAAUAUCAGCAAUACUGAGACUAAAUCUGAACUUCCAAAGCUAAGUUUGGAGCCGCAUCAUAUGAAGAGGAAAAAGAAAGUUGGAGGUUAUAAUUUGAGAAAAAGUUUAGCUUGGGACCGCGCUUUCUUCACUGAAGAAGGUGUUUUGAAUUCAACGGAAUUAUCUUUGAUUAGUGGGAAUUUCAGUAAGUUGAGUGGUGAGAAAUUGUUGACUAUAGAGGAAGAGCCGGGAGAAUUGUUAUCCGGUGAUUCAUCUGAUUUGCAGGCACUUGAGAGUAAUUUGUUUAAAGAGUUGCCAUUAAAUAAUAGUAAUGCGAAAGAGGAAAAAAAGAUUGGUAUUAGUAGCCUAAGGCAGAAGAGUUCUGGUUCAGCCUCUCGUUUCAUGGUGAAACAAAAUGUGCUUUCAGAUCAUGACGUUAAUAGAAGUGGUUCUAAGCGUAGCGGAUGUCCAAGGCCUGUGAUGUCUUCUGCUCCUAAAAGACCUGCAAAUGUGAGCACGACAAAAACGGCUGUUAAGGAGCCAAAAGUUUCUAAAAUACCUGCUCCAAAGUCAGAGUCUUCAACUGCCAGGAGUUCUCCAAACUUAAAAAAACCAAAGCGAAAUCAGAGUGCUCCAGCAGCGGUCAGUGCCCACAGAAGCAUUGGAUUGGCGGUUUCCAACAAAAGUACUAAAACUACUCAAAAUGAUGCAAAAUCUAGUCUUUCUAGUAGAUCUCAAAUCACAAAAUCCUCCAUUAUACAGCCUAAAAGAAAUAUGAAAAGCUCUGGAUUGUCAAGUCAUUCAUCAGCCCUAUCACAGAAUCCAUUGGAGAACAAGGUAGAUAAUGGCUUAAAGGUCAACAAAGAUCCUGUUGUGGCUUCUGGUCAUGGAUCUAUAGAUAAAGAAGCUGGUUUCAACAAAAUUGCUUCUCUUCCUGAAAGUGUUUGCCAUAUUGGUGGAAACACUCAAUAUGCAAAACAAACUGUAAAACCAUCGGGCUUGCGGAUGCCUUCACCAUCAUUGGGAUUUUUUACUCAGUCAAAGAUUAAUGCUUCACAUAAUAUACAAAGCAGCUCCCAACAACGCAAUAACCCAAAGUCUAAUAUUCCUAAUUUGCAGAAGCUUGGUGUCUUAAAUUCUACUUUUGAGAUCUCCACUCCAUCUAUGAAAGUACAUGUAGUGGCUAAUGAUGUAGCAGCAAUUGCUAAUGCAAGGAUGUCAAGCAUAGAACCGUCUGUUCCAUCGAGUUCUAGUUCUUUAUGUGAAGACAUCAGACCCGAUUCUAGAACAAGUAAAAUCCCAAGGAUGGCAGUGAGGGUUCCUUGUAAUUCUUACAAUCAUGAAUUAACUAAUAAUCAGCAACAAUUGCACGCCACUGACAGUGAUCUUAAGCAGCAAAGUGAGAAAGUAGAAUUUCAGUGUACUGAUGACAAGUUACUCCUGCAAAGCGAGUCCUCUGAAGAAGUGAAAUUAGAUUGUAAGGGAGAAGACCUUGUUAUCCCCAGAAGUCUGUAUCACAUUGGCAGUGAAUUUAAAGAUCCCCAUUUUUUCUCUUACCAUGGCCUGCAGGUAAAAAGUGCCUUGAAGGCUGAUAAUGCUGGCAACCAACUUUCAGGAAAUGAACAGAAUAAUUCGUUGACCAAAGAUUUUGAUCUCCUUCCGCAGUUGCAUUCUUGUGAUGUGAAUAGUAGUAACAUACAUGGUUCUCCAAUAUUAAACAGUGACCGGAUUAGCAUUCAUAACAGGCAUGAACAUUCAAGCAAACAAGCUGAACAUGCAAAACCUUGCACCUUUGAAGAUGAUCAGGCAAGCAAUGAGAAUGAGAGACCACAUAUUAAUAAUGAUGGUGCCUUGGUCAAGGAGGGAGAACCUUUAGAAGAAUUUCUUUGUUCCGACAGUGUGCAGAAUAAAGGUAUCUGUCCAAACGUCAGAGAUUGCAAUGCUAGUGAAUUGGAAAGGAAUGAUGGUUUAUCUCGUUAUGGGGGCAGAAUUCAAGGAAAUGAUGGUUCUGUUGGGGCUAAUGAUUUAAAUGAGCAAUCACAUGUAGCAGAUGCACAAAAGGAUUCUUUUGAAUUUGAUUUAUCUCUUGAAGGCAGCAGUGGUAUUCUGAAUGCUUCAGAAGCUGACAACCAGCACACACAUGUCAAUGAUGUAACUAAAAAAACAGUUCAACAGCUACCACUUCCUGAUCCAUGCAUUGUAGUAGAAACAUUUUUCCAGGAUAAUUAUGAAUCACAUUCAACUGAUUGCUUAUUACAUGGAGAAAUCUUCUCUUCUGAAGAGUUGCUGGCUGAAAGCAAUCUUCGACAUGCUAAAGGUGUUGCCGGUCAAAGGGGAUUGGCAAAUUCCAGUUCUCCAUGUGGAAUUCCACCUGCACUGCAGAAUUGUGUUCAUGAGAUGGCUGAGUGCCUACAUGUGGAGAAGGAGCCCUCAAUUUCUACUGAUUCACAGUGCAACCAUGACAUUGAGCUCCUUUGUGAAGCUACUUCAUCUAAAGGAUUAGAAAGGAACAAGGAAGACCAGGUAACUGGAGCAAUAACUUCUUGUGAUGUUGAUGUCAGCAAUGACUAUCAAGGAAGUGGCGAUCUAGGUAUCAGAGAGAUGGAUGAUUCCCAUUCAAUAUCCCCCCUUGGCCUAAUAGAUGAUAUCAUUGACCUUAAAAAUGUUGAAGGCAAUCCAUAUUAUUUGUCUGCAAAUUGUAAUUCUACCAUUUUAGAGCCAGGAGAAAAGAUCACUUGUAAUUUUGAUGCACCCGCCAUGCUUACUAACUCAUCGCUUGAUAAGCAAAAUGAUUGUGAAACUAUUGCCCAAGAUGAGGUGAUACAGUCCUCCUGUGAAGAUGGUAAUAACUUCCAAGAGAAUCAGAUUCUAGAGGCAUGUAAUUGCCUUUUCUCUGUGGAGGGACAACUUUUAGAAGAGUCCAGACAUUUUGAUGGUAGUGACAGUUGUGCAGACAUUGGUCCCAGAGACAAAAUUGUUAUACGAGCAGUGGAAGGUCCUGAUCCGUCUCAGGUGCAAACAUAUGAACCAUAUGACGACUGUGCUGAUGGAGGUAAUGAGACGGCUAAUGGAUCUUUUUGGAAAGAUGUAUGCUUACAGUCCUUCGAUGGUGGUCUUUCAUUCGAUAGCUGCAAAACUAACCUUUUCACUUCCGCAGAAACUAGCAACUCUGCAGUAAUUGAGAAUUUAAAUAAACCUCCUGAGCUUCAAAGUGAUGUCACUGUUAUGCCAGAGCAAGGCAAAUUUGGAUUGUGGACUACUGAGGAAAUAUCUAGCCAUAUCAAGAUUACGCUGUCAGAUGACAACUGUGAUGCUUGUAAUGAUAUGACCAGGCCUUAUAAUGAACAAAGUGGCCAAGUAACCACUUUGAAUGUAGAGUUGUCCUCAUUGAGUGAAGAUCAAAUUUCUGGAGCAGGAAAUUCGUGCAAGUUACAAGCAUUUUGCUCGUUGGAUGAGGAGCCAACAUCCUCUAUCAACACGAGUCACAUUUCUUCAAAUGGAAGUUUAUUACAGGAAGAAGUCAACAGAUUGGAGAAUGAUGUGCCAGAGGAAUCAAACAGUUCAGCGAUCCCUGUGGAAGCUAAGGGCACAACUUUGGUUGACACAAAACAAGUUGCUCCUGUAGUAAGGCCCCCUUUGAACGCUGUUCCAUUUUCAGAUGAAUGGUUAGCUGCAUUUGAAUCUGCUGGAGAGGAAGUUUUAACCAUGAAAAGUGGUGCUGUACAAAAUUCGCCUAAGGACAAAUCUCUACCCGAACCCAGCCCAUGGUCCCCGGUAAGAAAGAAAAACAAUCAAAAGAUGGGCCCGUUUGACUGCACAAAGUUCACCAACACAAAUAUCCCGCCUGGUUUUGAAUAACAGAGGCCGAGAGGUUCCCCUAACAAUUCUUUUCUAUUUUCUUCACUGCUAACAGAAGCCACAAUUGUGUACUAUCACGCAACACCUAACGAAUAUUUUGAAGGCUUUAGGCAAAUAUAAAUGCCAGAAUUCUGGCAUAUUAAAACAGCGAAAGAAAGCUUCCAAGUUCUUUGACCAUAAUUCGUCCAGUUUAAGGGAUUGUCAACUUCACCUUAAUUUGGCCACUACCAUUUCUUUUAUUUACUUUCUACUAUUUAUGAAAGUAUUACUGAUUAAUAUGGAUAAAA